CGCACCGCACUGCACGGCCCCCCGCCUCGCCCGCACCAUGAUCGCCGCGGCUUUCCUCGUUUUGCUGAGACCCUACAGCAUCCAAUGUGCUCUCUUCCUCUUGUUGCUUCUGCUGGGCACCAUCGCCACCAUCAUUUUCUUCUGCUGCUGGCACCGCAAGCUCCAGAAAGGGAGGCAUCCGAUGAAAUCGGUCUUUUCGGGGCGUUCCAGAAGCAGAGAUGCUGUUCUGAGAUCUCAUCACUUUCGCUCUGAGGGAUUCCGAGCGAGCCCUCGGCACAUCAGGAGACGAGUUGCUGCCGCUGCUGCAGCUGCCCGGCUAGAAGAAGUGAAGCCCGUGGUGGAGGCUCACCACCAGAGUGAACAGGAGUCAUCCGUGAAGAAGCGAAGAAUCAAGAAAAACAGCCGAGUGCAGCCAGAAUUUUAUCAGUCCGUUCAAGGUGCUUCCACCAGGAGGCCUAGCUCCGGGAACGCGUCCUACCGCUGCUCCAUGUCCUCCUCUGCGGAUUUCUCUGAUGAGGAUGAUUUCAGCCAGAAAUCUGGCUCAGCAUCUCCAGCUCCUGGAGACACCUUACCCUGGAAUUUGCCCAAACAUGAGAGGUCCAAAAGAAAGAUUCAAGGGGGCUCGGUGCUGGACCCGGCUGAGAGGGCUGUGCUUCGGAUAGCAGAUGAGCGGGACAAAGUUCAAAAGAAAACCUUCACGAAAUGGAUAAAUCAGCACCUCAUGAAGGUUCGGAAACAUGUGAAUGAUCUCUACGAAGACUUGAGGGACGGGCACAAUUUGAUCUCCCUUCUGGAGGUCCUGUCUGGAGACACCUUGCCAAGGGAGCGAGACUUUUUGAAGACCUUACGGUUGGUGAGUGCAACAGCAGCAUGCGAGUGUGCGCAGCAUGAGGAGGUGGAGGAUGAGGACAAGGGGCCCAGAGAGAAGGGUCGGAUGCGCUUUCACAGACUGCAGAAUGUACAGAUUGCACUGGAUUAUUUGAAAAGACGCCAGGUGAAGUUAGUGAAUAUUAGAAACGAUGACAUAACAGAUGGAAAUCCUAAGCUGACUUUGGGAUUAAUAUGGACAAUAAUUUUGCACUUUCAGAUAUCUGACAUCCAUGUAACUGGAGAGUCCGAAGACAUGUCUGCGAAAGAGAGGUUGCUGCUGUGGACACAGCAGGCAACAGAAGGUUAUGCCGGGGUACGGUGUGAAAAUUUCACUACCUGCUGGAGAGAUGGGAAACUGUUCAACGCCAUCAUCCAUAAAUACAGGCCGGACCUGAUAGACAUGAAUACUGUUGCUGUUCAAAGCAACCUUGCAAAUUUAGAGCAUGCUUUUUAUGUAGCUGAAAAAAUCGGUGUUAUAAGACUUCUGGACCCCGAAGAUGUGGAUGUCUCUUCACCUGAUGAGAAGUCAGUAAUAACCUAUGUGUCCUCCCUGUAUGAUGCAUUUCCCAAAGUCCCCGAAGGCGGUGAAGGCAUUGGUGCAAACGAUGUUGAAGUCAAGUGGAUCGAAUACCAGAAUAUGGUGAACUACCUCAUCCAGUGGAUUAGACACCACGUGGUCACAAUGUCUGAGAGAACAUUUCCUAACAAUCCUGUAGAACUAAAGGCACUUUAUAAUCAGUAUUUACAGUUCAAAGAAAAAGAAAUCCCACCAAAGGAGACAGAGAAAUCAAAAAUUAAACGACUAUAUAAAUUAUUAGAGAUCUGGAUAGAGUUUGGACGCAUCAAACUCCUUCAAGGUUAUCAUCCAAACGACAUUGAGAAAGAGUGGGGCAAGCUCAUCAUCGCCAUGCUGGAGCGGGAGAAGGCGCUCCGUCCCGAGGUCGAGAGGUUGGAUAUGCUGCAACAGAUUGCUGUCCGAGUUCAGAGGGACAGUGUCAUCUGUGAAGACAAACUGAUCCUAGCCCGAAAUGCUCUCCAGUCUGAUUCCAAAAGAUUAGAAUCAGGAGUGCAGUUUCAGAACGAAGCAGAAAUUGCCGGGUACAUACUUGAAUGUGAGAACCUUUUACGCCAGCAUGUGAUUGAUGUACAGAUCCUAAUUGAUGGGAAAUAUUACCAGGCAGACCAGCUGGUGCAGAGGGUUGCAAAGCUGCGGGACGAAAUUAUGGCCUUAAGGAACGAGUGUUCCUCAGUGUACAGCAAAGGACGCAUGCUGACCACAGAGCAGACGAAACUCAUGAUAUCAGGAAUCAGUCAAAGUUUAAACUCAGGAUUUGCACAGACCUUACACCCCAGUCUGAACUCAGGGCUAACCCAGAGUUUAACACCUUCCUUGACCUCUUCCAGUGUGACUUCUGGCUUGUCAUCAGGGAUGACUUCCCGUCUGACUCCAUCCGUUACUCCGGCUUACACGCCUGGCCUCCCAUCAGUGGUAGCUCCAAAUUUCAGUUUAGGAGUAGAGCCAAAUUCAUUACAGACUCUGAAGCUAAUGCAGAUCAGAAAGCCCCUGCUGAAGUCGUCUUUGCUGGAUCAGAAUUUGACAGAAGAGGAAGUCAAUAUGAAAUUCGUUCAGGAUCUCUUGAACUGGGUUGAUGAGAUGCAGGUGCAGCUGGACCGCACUGAAUGGGGCUCAGACUUGCCAAGUGUUGAAAGCCAUUUAGAAAACCAUAAAAAUGUUCACCGAGCCAUUGAAGAAUUUGAAACUAGCCUUAAGGAAGCUAAACUUAGUGAGAUUCAGAUGACGGCGCCUCUUAAGUUAACUUACACAGAUAAGUUGCACAGAUUAGAGAGUCAAUACGCAAAACUGUUGAAUACAUCCAGAAACCAGGAGCGGCACCUUGAUACGCUCCAUAAUUUUGUAACACGGGCAACUAAUGAACUUAUCUGGCUGAAUGAGAAGGAAGAGGAAGAAGUUGCUUAUGACUGGAGCGAGAGAAACACCGGCGUGGCUCGAAAGAAAGGGUACCAUGCGGAGCUCAUGAGAGAACUCGAGCAGAAGGAGGAAAGUAUUAAAGCCGUCCAGGAGGUCGCAGAGCAGCUGCUUCUAGAAAAUCACCCAGCCCGCUUGACUAUCGAGGCGUACAGAGCAGCGAUGCAGACCCAAUGGAGCUGGAUCUUGCAGCUCUGCCAGUGUGUGGAGCAGCACAUCAAGGAGAACACUGCCUAUUUUGAGUUUUUCAAUGAUGCCAAAGAAGCCACUGAUUACCUAAGGAAUCUGAAGGAUGCCAUUCAGCGCAAGUACAGCUGUGACCGAUCCAGCAGCAUUCACAAACUGGAAGACCUCGUUCAGGAGUCCAUGGAGGAAAAAGAAGAGCUUCUGCAGUACCGGAGCUCGGUGGCCGGCCUCAUGGGGAGAGCAAAGACAAUAGUACAGCUGAAGCCCAGGAGUCCUGACAAUCCACUCAAAACCUCCAUUCCCAUCAAAGCCAUCUGUGACUACAGACAGAUUGAGAUAACCAUUUACAAAGACGAUGAAUGUGUUCUGGCAAACAAUUCUCAUCGCGCCAAGUGGAAGGUCAUCAGUCCUACUGGGAACGAGGCUAUGGUCCCAUCUGUGUGUUUUACUGUUCCCCCGCCAAACAAAGAAGCAGUUGACUUUGCAAACAGAAUUGAGCAGCAGUAUCAGAAUGUCCUCACCCUUUGGCAUGAAUCUCACAUAAACAUGAAGAGUGUAGUCUCCUGGCAUUAUCUAGUGAAUGAGAUUGACAGAAUUCGAGCCAGUAACGUGGCUUCGAUCAAGACAAUGUUGCCUGGCGAACACCAGCAGGUUCUGAGUAAUCUCCAAUCCCGUUUGGAAGAUUUUCUGGAGGAUAGCCAGGAAUCCCAAAUAUUUUCAGGCUCGGAUGUAUCUCAGCUAGAAAAGGAGGUGAAUGUUUGUAGGAAGUAUUAUCAAGAGCUUCUCAAGUCUGCAGAAAGAGAGGAGCAAGAGGAAUCAGUGUAUAAUCUUUACAUCUCGGAAGUGAGGAACAUCCGGCUUCGGUUGGAGAGCUGUGAAGACCGCUUAAUUCGGCAGAUACGGACUCCCCUGGAAAGAGACGACUUACACGAAAGCAUGUUCAGAAUCACGGAACAGGAGAAACUAAAGAAAGAGCUGGAACGGCUUAAAGAUGAUUUGGGAGCGAUCACUAACAAGUGUGAAGAAUUCUUCAGUCAAGCGGCAGACUCCCCAUCUGUCCCCACUCUGCGGUCAGAGCUCAGUGUGGUCAUUCAGAGCAUGACUCAGAUCUACUCCAUGUCUUCCACUUACAUAGAGAAGUUGAAAACAGUUAAUUUGGUAUUGAAAAACACUCAGGAGGCAGAAGCCCUCGUCAAACUCUAUGAAACCAAACUGUGUGAAGAAGAAGCAGUAAUAGCUGACAAGAAUAAUAUUGAGAAUCUAAUGAGUACUUUAAAGCAAUGGCGGUCAGAAGUAGAUGAAAAGAGAGGGGUGUUCCAUGCAUUGGAGGACGAGUUGCAGAAAGCAAAAGCCAUCAGUGACGAGAUGUUUAAGGCACACAAAGAGCGGGACCUUGACUUUGACUGGCACAAAGAAAAGGCGGACCAGCUGGUUGAAAGGUGGCAGAAUGUCCAUGUGCAGAUUGACAACAGGCUUCGGGACUUAGAAGGAAUUGGGAAAUCACUGAAGUACUACAGAGAUUCCUAUCACCCUCUGGAUGAUUGGAUCCAGCAAAUAGAAACUACCCAGCGAAAGAUGCAGGAAAACCAGCCAGAAAACAGCAAAGCCCUGGCCUUACAGCUGAAUCAACAGAAGAUGCUGGUGUCAGAAAUAGAAGUGAAACAGAGCAAAAUGGAUGAAUGUCAGAAAUAUUCCGAGCAGUACUCAGCCGUGGUAAAGGACUAUGAAUUGCAAACAAUGACCUACAGGGCCAUGGUGGAUUCACAGCAGAAGUCUCCAGUGAAACGCCGGCGGAUACAGAGCUCAGCAGACCUCAUUAUUCAAGAGUUCAUGGACCUGCGGACUCGAUACACUGCCCUGGUCACUCUCAUGACACAGUAUAUUAAAUUUGCUGGUGAUUCACUGAAAAGGCUGGAAGAGGAGGAGAAGUCUUUGGAAGAAGAGAAGAAACAGCAUGUUGACAAAGCUAAAGAACUGCAGAAAUGGGUAUCAAAUAUCAGCAAGACAAUGAGAGAUGGGGAGAAAGCUGGGAAGCCUCUCUUCUCUAAGCAACAGAUUUCCAGUAAAGAAAUAUCAACCAAAAAGGAGCAGUUCUCUGAAGCUCUUCAAGCCACACAGCUUUUUUUGGCUAAACAUGGAGACAAACUGACAGAUGAAGAAAGAAAGGAAUUGGAGAAACAAGUGAAAGCUCUUCAAGAAGGUUAUAAUUUAUUAUUCAGUGAAUCCCUGAAACAGCAGGAACCGCAACCCUCUGGAGAUACGAAGGCAGAGGAGAAGCUGGAUAAAGUGAUCGCGGGCACCAUCAUUGAGUCAACUGGAGAGGUCCUUUCCAUCUUCCAGGCGGUUUUAAGAGGCCUUCUUGACUAUGAGACAGGAAUCAAGUUGCUUGAGGCACAGCUGGUGAUUUCUGGUUUGAUUUCACCAGAAUCAAGAAAGUGUUUUGACCUCCAAGAUGCUGAAAGCCAUGGCCUCAUUGAUGAACAAAUUCUGUGCCAACUGAAAGAGCUAGAUGAAGUAAAGCAGAUCAUUUCCACUACUUCGCCAACUACGAUUCCCGUGCUGGACUGUCUGGCUCAAGGCAUGAUAUCAGAAUCCAUGGCCAUCCGCGUUCUUGAGAUACUGCUUUCUGCGGGGGCUCUGGUGGCUCCAGCCACAGGUGAACCCCUGACCCUACAAAAGGCUUUCCAGCAGAAUUUGAUUUCCUCGGCAUUGUUUUCUAAAGUCCUUGAAAGGCAAAACACAUGCAAAGAUCUUAUUGACCCAUGCACUUCCGAGAAGGUAUCUUUAACUGACAUGGUCCAAAGAAGCAUUUUGCAGGAAAAUACCGGGAUUUGGCUUUUACCCGUGAGACCACAGGAAGCGGGCCGAAUAACACUGAAAUGCGGAAGAAACGUCAGCGUCCUAAGAGCCGCUCACGAAGGGCUCAUAGACCGUGAAACCAUGUUUAGGUUGUUAGGUGCACAGCUUCUGUCUGGUGGUCUGAUCGAUUGCAACUCUGGGCAGAGAAUGACUGUGGAAGAAGCCGUGGCAGAGGGAAUGAUUGACAGGGACACUGCAAGCAGUAUCCUCACCUAUCAGCUUCAGACCGGUGGGAUCCUGCGCUCCAACCCUGCUAAGCGCUUAACGGUGGACGAAGCAGUGCAGUGUGACCUGAUAACGUCCAGCAGUGCGCUCCUGGUUCUGGAGGCUCAGCGGGGCUAUGUUGGACUCAUUUGGCCCCACUCCGGUGAAAUAUUUCCCACAUCUUCUUCCUUACAGCAAGAGUUGAUCACAAACGAAUUAGCCUACAAAAUUCUGAACGGGAGACAGAAAAUCGCUGCUCUCUAUAUCCCAGAAAGUUCUCAGGUCAUUGAUUUGGAUGUUGCUAAGCAGCUGGGGAUUAUAGAUAAUAACACAGCAUCCAUUUUAAAAAAUAUAACCCUGCCAGACAAAAUGCCAGAUUUGGGAGAUUUAGAAGCUUGUAAAAAUGCCAAAAGAUGGCUCUCUUUUUGUAAAUUCCAGCCAUCUACAGUUCAUGACUACAGGCAAGAAGAGGAUGGUUCUGAUGGUGAAGAGUCAGUGACAACCCAGAGCUCAGAACAAACUAAAAAGUUAUUCCUCUCUUAUUUAAUGGUGAACAGCUACAUGGAUGCAAACACGGGCCAGAGGCUUUUGCUCUAUGAUGGAGACUUGGACGAGGCUGUGAGCAUGCUGCUGGAAAGCUGCGGUGCAGAACUUGGAGCCGGCACAGCCGUAAAAGAAAGUCUCUCAGUCCUAAGCAUCCCUGGUGCCUUUCCUAAUUGUGCCUCAAGGAAAGAAAAGGAUGAGUGUUCAACGUCAGCAGCUGGUUCUGCUAAAUGUCCUUACAGACAACCGGAACAUAAAGAGGCUCUUGAAAACAGCGAGUGUGCCAUAAAUACAGAGUUCUGUAGAACGGGAAACAAUGACAACAGUAGUGAAUUGUAUUGGGCAGAAAACCUAACAAAUACAACAGCAAUUGUUCAUAAAGCCAGCAGUCCAUUUAGUGGGUGUGUCCCCAACCCUCCAUCAUACUCAACACAGCCUGAAUAUGCAGGGGGGAGCGUGCUCAGACAUGAUUCUGAUGACAUACUGAAAGACAGUAAGGACCAAUGUGAGCUUGAAACAAAGGCACAUCCAGAUGAAUGUAAUCAUUCUAAAAGCACUCAAGAUUUUGCAGGUAAUUUUUUGACAUCAAAAACUGGUAGACUUGGUCAUCGGAAUGAACGAGAAACUGAAGCGAGUGUGCAGAAGGACCCGUCUGUCUUUGACUACUCCCCCCAGCUGAGUGCCCUGUUAAGUCAUGAUGAGUUGAGGCACAGUCAGGGCAGUCUGAGUGAAACACAAACCCCACAGAACACGGGAUAUAUAUGUGAAGCUUCUCCAUUGUCGUUCAGUGACCAAAGUGUGUCAGCUGAUAAAAGUGCAAGCGAAAAAUUCCAAGACCAAUUUCUGGGAAUCGCAGCUAUUAACAUCAGCUUCCAGGGAGAGCACUGUGGACAGAAAUCUUUAGAUAUUGGGUGUAGUGAUCCUCAAGUACAAUAUCACAGUGAUGAAUACAUGUCAGAUGUUUCAGGUGAGAGUGAAAAUACUCAACAAACAGAUGAAAAUGAGAAAAGUGGGUCUGAGGUGGACAAAUACUCCUGUACCAUGAUCCCUGGGGAUGGUUCACACAAUACCGACACCUCUGUUUGUGGCACAUUGUCACAUAAAGGAGCCAUUGAUGCUGGUGACUAUGAGACAUCACUGCUUGCUGAUCAGCAGAGUGACUCAGGGACAGACACUGAGAGUGAUGAUUAUUUUUAUGAUACCCCCUUGUUUGAAGAUGAUGACCACGAUUCUCUAGUUCUUCAAGGUGAUGACCGUGAUGGUUUGCAGCCUGAGGACUAUGACAUGUUGCAGGAGGAAAAUGAUGGGACCCCUCCUCCUGUUGAUACUCUGUAUGAUGUUUCAGAAGAGAAGAAAAGUCCUUUGUUUCCCCAAGGAGGAAUCGUUGAUAGCUUAAGUGUGAAGAGCAGAGCACACUGUUCUCAGGAAUUUCUUGUAGGUACAGAGAACGCUGAAUUACAUUUAGUUGACCAGAAACAGUUAAAUUCAGUGGCCUCAGACAAGGUGAAUGAACAGUUAAUAGAACCUACAUCCAAAAGGGAAAGCCCGUGUGCCCUUGACCAGAAUGAUUCUGACUCAUUGACUGACGGUGAAAUCACAGGAAGGAAAGAGAGCUCAGGAGCUUCUGUAACACCUGAUGAGGGUUGGAGAGGGAGAAGAGAGGAGCGUGGCUCUAGCCAAGAAAGCCAGUCUGAUGAUGAUCGGGUAGGUUCCACACCAAGUAGAGAAAGUUCCAGGCAGUCUGUGUGUGACGUGAGUGACACAGAUGACGAUGAGGACGAUGAGGACGACGACGACGAAGACACUCCCAGUGGGGACCACAGCAGUGAUGGAGGAGGAGGGGGACAAGGAGUGGAGGAUGAGAACGGGAAGCCCAUGUACCAACUUGGAGAUACCCGGUUGUGUGCCACCACCCCUGGAAAGGAACAUGGGGGUGAAAACCGAAGUACCAGUCCCAUGCUUCUCCUGGAGGAAGUGCACCAUGACAGUCCUUUAGAAAAGCAGCACCGUGCCAGGGCUUUGCAGCCAGAAUCAACUGGGAAGCAGAGUCAAGGCACUGAAAGAAGCAGCCGUCCAGAACUUACGACGGAAGCUGAUGAGGAGAACAAAGUCAGCCUGGCUGGUCACGUGGCAACUCAAGAUGUGUCGCUGACUGAUGCUAAAGACCAGGCCUCGGAAAAAGUCUUUGGCUUUGAAAGUAUUUUAUCUAACGAUGCCGGUUUGAUUUCCGAAUUAGAAAGUGAUGUGAUGAGCACAAAAGUCAAAUUGGUUCAAGGGCCGGAAUCUACAAAUAUUCUAAAGGCUGAAGGCGAGUAUCUUGAGAAUGUACCACCCCAAAUCAGUCCAUCUUUGGAGGAAAUCAUUUGUUCUGAAACUGAGUUACUAGGAGGACCUUCUGGGGAAAGCCAGUUGUCAUCCAGCGUAAGUGACAAGGAUCAGCAGGAAAGUGGAAGAGGUCUGGUUAAAGGUAGAGGCGGCAAAAGUGACCAGCUGGUGGACGAGACAUCCGUUCGGGAAGUGGGCUCGGGUAAAGAGGAAGGGUCGAUAGAAGGCUCAGGAGAAGAAGAAAGGCAUCUCAACCCCAUUCCAAAUGAAAGUGCACCAGAGAGCCUCAGUAUGGUGAAGAGCCAGGCUCCCCGUCCACUGACGAACACCGAGCAACUCACUCACAGAGGGGGCCUGGAAGCAGCCACUGUGACUCUUGGAGGUGAACUCAAAAAAGUCAGUGAAAGUCCUGUUCCAUCUGAGACUCUGGCAGAGAUAUUUGACACCUCAGCUUCUGAAGUGACUCAUGCCUACUUUACUUCAGAUGUCACAUCCCCUGAGGGAAAGAGCCACGUGGAAGGAGAUUCCUUCACAGAAGGACUGGAGACAGAGAGUGAUCCGUUUACUUCCUUAGAAAACUCUGACAAACAUAUAAAAGUGGAUAUACCAGAACCAAACAAAAACAUCCCAAGCUCUGCCUCAAUAGUUUCUCCUCUCAUGGAGGAUGAUUUAUGGACAGUAAAUAAUGCAGAGGAAACAUCAGUCAUUUCCCAAGAAGACUGGCCUCCAGGUGCCAAGAUCCAGCAAAGUGAUACUUGUACCAAAGAAAGUAUCUCAGAAGGAAAAACAGGAAGCCUUCAGUUCACUCCAGAAAAUAGGGACACCACACUGUCACCCCUGCCUCUUAAAAGUGUGGAGGACUGUGGAGAAAAUACCAAUUCUGAGCAGUCUAAGCUCCAUCUGAAUGGAGUGAACAGCGCCUCCAGUAACACUUCAGAGGGGGGCUGCUCACCGUUAGGAAGCAGCAGGGAGAAAGAAAGCACUGAGAAACAGCCACACAGAGAACCAGCCUUAGCUCCAAGACUCCAAGAGAGAGCGGUUCAUGUUCCCGAGUUGUCUCUGGCAUUUGGGAAUGGUGGGGAGGCCAUCUUGAAAAGCAUGUUAGAAGAAGGUCAUACCAAUCUCCAAGAGGGGGGAGACCCUUCAGCUUGCACAGGCACCAAAAUUUCAGUUCAGAGCUUCAUUAAAACAGUUGUCUUGCCUCAGUUGCCGGAUGAAGUAUCUAGUGUGCCCAGUCUUGGCGUUUCCCCCACGAAUAACUCAUCAGAACCGAAGGCAGAGAGUGGAGGGGAUCCUCUCUGCAUUGCAAGUCUUCUUGAUAUACUGAAGCAAAAACAACAGACCCAAGAAACCCCAGGCACAUCUGAGUUGAUGAAAGUGUUAACUCAAAUGGAGUGGGAUCCAGAGAAAAGAGGCAUUGCAUCUGAAUUAUUUCCACCACAACUUAAAAAUGCUUUGUACAAGCUGCUUUUGGAUGGCUCUUCCGCUGAAAGAGAACAGGCUGGAGCCUCGAAUCAAAAACCACAGGCUGCUUCUGAGGUGGUGGAGGAAGAGCCGUACAUCUGUGGUGGUCUGAAAAGCAAAGAGGGAACUCGCCAUUCUCCGAACCCGCAAACUGUGGGAGAAACAGGGGCAGAGCUCUCUACUGUGCACACAGCAGCCUUGGCAGGAGACAGGAAGCUUGAAGAGCUGUGCAGUGAGCCUCCGGGUCAUUCGGAACGCGUUUCUGGAGCAAAAGAAAUGGCCUCUGGUGACAACUCGGUGGAAAAAUGUUCCAGUGAGUUGCAGCAGUGUUUACAGCAUUCUGAGAAAAUGCAUGAGUAUUUGGCUUUGCUUCGCGACAUGAAACCCCCGUUAGAAAGUCAGCCGUCUGAGGAUAACAGUCUAGAAGCCUUGAAGAAUCAGCUUAAGCAGUUAGAGACAUUUGAGUUGGGGUUUGCUCCAAUUGCUGUGUUUUUGAGAAAAGAUCUAAAGUUGGCAGAAGAGUUCUUAAAGUCUUUUCCUAGUGACCUUCCCAGAAGACAUCGAGAGGAACUGAGCAAAAGCCACGAAGGUUUACAGAGUGCCUUCUCAUCCCUUAGCAGUGCAUCCUCAGAAAGAAAGAAACGGCUCAGGCUUGCCAUCGACUCUGAAAUGUCUAAACUCACAGAAGUUUAUGAAGACUUCCUGCAUAAACUUACGUCAUAUUCAGAUUGGGUAUCAGAGAAAAGCAAAUCUGUGAAGGAUAUUCAAACUGUGAACAUCCAAGAUACUGAACUUGUAAAAGAAAGUGUGAAGUUUCUUAAGGAUGUGCUAAGAGACCUUACACACACCAAAGCGCAGCUGGAAACGGCGGCCUUUGACAUACAGUCCUUCAUCUCCGACCAUGCUCAAGAUCUGUCUCCCAACCAAAGCAGACAGCUGCUGAGACUCUUAAAUACAACCCAGAAGUGUUUUCUUGAUGUGCAGGAGCUGGUAACCACCGAGGCCGACCGGUUAGAGACUCACCUACACCUAGAGCAGGAGCUCGGUCAUCAGAAGGUUGUGGCAGAGCGUCAGCAAGAAUACAAAGAGAAACUCCAAGGACUGUGUGAUCUCCUCACCCAAACCGAAAACCGCCUCAUCAGUCAACAAGAAGCCUUUGUGAUUGGAGAUGGCACAGUGGAGUUAAAGAAGUACCAGACUAAGCAAGAGGAAUUGCAGAGAGAGAUGCAAGGCAGUACACAGGCACUGGCGGACCUCGUGAGGAACACGGAAAUCUUUUUAAAAGAGAGUGGCGACGAGCUGUCCCGCGAAGAUAAAGCUUUGAUCGAGCAGAAACUGAGCGAGGCAAAGAUGAAGUGCGAGCAGCUGAAUGUAAAGGCAGAACAGUCGAAAAAGGAGCUGGAUAAAGCGGUGACGUCAGCCAUCAAGGAGGAGGCUGAAAAGGUUGCAGCUGUGAGGCAGCUGGAAGAGAGCAAAACCAAAAUAGAAAACCUUAUGGACUGGUUGUCGAAUGUGGAGAAGGACUCGGAGGGGGCAGGCGGGAAGCACAGGCAGACGAUGGAGCAGAACGGAACCCAUUCUCAUGACGGUGAUGGCAAGUCAGUAGCUGGUGAGGAGGACGAAGUCAAUGGCAACCUGCUGGAGACAGAUGCUGAGGAGCUCGCCGGGACCACGGAGGAGAAUCUGAACCAGCAGUACCAGAGAGUCAAGGCCCAGCACGAAAAGAUCAUGGCUCAGCACCAGGCGGUCAUCCUAGCCACGCAGUCUGCACAGGUACUGCUUGAGAAACAGGGCCACUACCUGUCACCCGAAGAAAGGGAGAAGCUGCAGGCAGACAUGCAGGAGCUGAAAGCGCAUUAUGAGACUGCGCUGGCCCAGUCCGAGAAGAAGGUGAAGCUGACGCAUUCCCUGCAGGAGGAGCUGGAGAAGUUUGACGCUGACUGUAGCGAGUUCAAGCAUUGGCUCCAGCAGUCGGAACAAGAGCUGGAGAACCUGGAGGCGGGUGCCGACGACCUCAGCGGGCUAACAGACAAGCUGACCAGGCAGAAGAGUUUCUCCGAAGACGUCAUCUCACACAAAGGUGACUUGAGGUACAUCACCAUUUCCGGAAACAGGGUGUUAGAAGCCGCCAAGUCUUGCAGCAAGAGAGACGGCCACAGGAACGACAGGGACAACGUGGACACUUCCGCAACCCACAGAGAGGUUCAGACCAAACUCGACCAGGCUACACAGCGCUUCCGGUCUCUCUACUCCAAGUGCAAUGUUCUCGGGAAUAACCUGAAAGAUCUGGUGGAUAAAUACCAACACUACGAAGACGCUUCAUGUGGGCUUCUUUCUGGGCUGCAGGCCUGCGAGGCCAAAGCGAGCAAACAUCUGCUGGAGCCCAUUGCUGUGGACCCCAAAAACCUGCAGAGGCAGUUAGAAGAGACCAAGGCUUUGCAAGGACAGAUAUCAAGCCAGCAGGUGGCUGUGGAGAAGCUGAAAAAAACGGCAGAAGUGCUCUUGGAUGCCAAGGGCUCCUUACUUCCCGCCAAGAAUGACAUCCAGAAGACACUGGAUGACAUUGUUGGGAGAUACGACGAUCUGUCCAAGUCUGUGAAUGAACGGAAUGAGAAGCUUCAGAUAACACUGACCCGCUCUCUGAGUGUGCAGGACGGCUUGGAUGAGAUGCUGGACUGGAUGGGAAGUGUGGAGAGCUCACUGGUCACGCAAGGUCAAGUGCCCUUGAACUCCACAGCUCUUCAGGAUCUCAUCAGUAAAAACAUUAUGUUGGAACAGGAUAUUGCAGGUCGUCAGAGCAGCCUGAAUGCCAUGAAUGAAAAAGUGAAGACAUUUGUGGAGACGACAGACCCAUCCACUGCCUCCUCACUGCAAGCGAAGAUGAAGGACCUGUCUGCUCGGUUUUCCGAAGCAAGUCAGAAACAUAAAGAAAAGCUUGCCAAGAUGGUGGAUCUGAAGGCCAAAGUAGAGCAGUUUGAAAAACUCUCAGAAAAGCUGCAAGUGUUUCUGGAGACACAGAGCCAGGCACUCACUGAGGUGGACAUGCCAGGGAAAGAUGUUCUGGAGCUGUCUCAGCAUAUGCAGGAAUCCACUACUAAAUUCUUAGAACACAAGAAAGAUCUCGAAGCUUUGCACAGCCUCCUGAAAGAGAUAUCCAGCCAUGGCUUACCAGGGGACAAAGCUCUGGUGUUUGAAAAAACAAAUAAUUUGUCAAAGAAAUUCAAAGAACUGGAGGAUACUAUCCAAGAAAAAAAAGAAGCUAUAAGUUCUUGUCAGGAGCAGCUGAGUGCUUUCCGAGACCUUGCUCAGUCACUGAAGUCCUGGAUAAACGAAACAGCAAAGCAGGUUCCCGUCGUGAAGCCUUCCUUGGGUGCAGAGGCCUUGGGGAAAUCUCUGGAAGAAACCAAGAAACUACAAGAAAAGUGGAGUUUGAAAGCACCCGAGAUUCAGAGAGCCACCAACAGUGGGGUCUCACUAUGUAACCUAAUAAGCGCAGUGACCACCCCUGCCAAGGCCAUCACAGCCGUCAGAUCAGGAGGAGUAAUGCUAAAUGGUGAAGGAACAGACACAAAUACUCAGGAUUUCUUGGCAAAUAAAGGUUUAACAUCUAUUAAAAAGGACAUGACUGACAUAAGCCACAGUUAUGAAGACCUUGGCCUCUUACUCAAGGAUAAAAUAGCUGAACUGAACACGAAACUCUCCAAGUUGCAAAAGGCCCAGGAAGAAUCAAGCGCGAUGAUGCAGUGGUUACAGAAAAUGAACAAAACUGCAAACAAAUGGCACCAGACACCAACACCUACAGACACCGAAUCUGUGAAGAUACAAGUUGAGCAGAAUAAGUCAUUUGAGGCAGAACUGAAGCAGAAUGUAAACAAGGUACAAGAGCUGAAAGACACGUUGACAGAGCUGCUGAAGGAGAACUCGGAGGCCCCCGAGGUCCCCACCUGGAAACAGACGCUGACCGAGAUGGAUACCAAGUGGCAAGAGCUCAACCAGUUAACAGUUGACAGGCAGCAAAAGCUGGAAGAAUCCUCCAAUAAUCUAACCCAGUUCCAGACCACAGAGGCCCAGUUAAAACAGUGGCUUGUGGAGAAAGAGUUGAUGGUCAGUGUUCUUGGACCCUUAUCCAUCGACCCGAAUAUGUUGAACACACAGAGGCAGCAGGUGCAGAUUCUGCUUCAAGAAUUCGACACUCGGAAACCUCAAUACGAACAGCUCAGAGCAGCCGGCCAGAGCAUCCUGAGCAGACCCGGGGAAGACCCUUCUUUACACGGGAUUGUGAACGAACAACUGGUAGCUGUGACCCAGAAGUGGGACAACCUGACGGGACAACUGAGGGACAGGUGUGACUGGAUUGACCAGGCUAUCGUCAAAAGCACCCAGUACCAGGGCCUCCUGAGAAGUCUUUCCACUACCCUGAGUGAGCUGGAUGACAGGCUCAGCAGCAGCCUCACUGUGGGCACACUGCCUGAUGCUGUGAACCAGCAGCUGGAGGCGGCCCAGAAACUGAAGCAGGAAAUAGAGCAGCAAACCCCACAGCUCAGGGAAGCCCAGGCACUCUGUGAGGACCUGUCAGCGCUGGUCAAAGAAAGCUACUUGAAAGCAGAGCUGAGUAGGCAACUGGAAGGCGUCAUGAAAUCGUUUAAGGAUAUUGAACAAAAAACAGAGAAUCAUGUUCAGCACCUUCAAUCAGCCUGUGCAAGCUCUCACCAAUUUCAGCAAAUGUCUAAGGAUUUUCAGGCUUGGCUUGACACAAAGAAGGAAGAACAAAGAAACUCUCCCCCAAUAUCAGCCAAAUUUGAUGUCUUGGAGUCAUUACUUAAAGCUCAGAAAGACUUCAGCAAAACUUUCACUGAGCAGUCUAACAUUUACGAAAAAACCAUUGCGGAAGGUGAAAACCUGUUAUUAAAAACACAGGGGGCGGAGAAAGCAGCCUUACAGUUACAGCUCAACACGAUUAAAACCAACUGGGACCGAUUUAGAAAACAGGUGAGCGAGAGGGAGGACAAACUGAAAGACUCACUGGAAAAAGCCCUCAAGUACAGAGAGCAGGUGGAGACUCUGCAGCCGUGGGUAGACAAAUGUCAUCAGAGUCUGGACAAAGUCAAGUUCUGCCUGGAUCCUGCUGAGACAGAGAACUCCAUCGCCGAGUUAAAGUCUCUGCAGAAGGAAAUGGACCACCACUUUGGUAUGGUGGAGCUACUCAACAACACAGUCAACAGCCUACUCAGUGUCUGCGAGGUAGAUAAAGAGGUGGUUACAGAUGAGAAUAAGGCAUUGAUCCAGAAGGUAGACAGGGUCACCGAACAGCUUCAGAGUAAGAAAGUCUCCCUGGAGAACAUGGCCCAGAAGUUUAAAGACUUCCAGGAGGUCUCCAAAGAAGCCAAAAGGCAGAUCCUGUGUGCAAAAGAACAGCUGGAUGUCCACCACUCCCUAGGGCCCCAGGCCUACAGUAACAAGCACCUGACCAUGCUCCAGACUCAGCAGAAGUCACUCCAGACCCUGAAGCACCAGGUAGACUUGGCAAAAAGGCUCGCCCAGGACCUCGUGAUAGAAGCUGCAGGCUCAAAGGGAACCGCUGAUGUUCUGUUGCAAGCAGAAACCUUAGCUGAAGAGCAUGAAAGACUGAGCCAACAAGUGGACGAGAAGUGUUCUUUCCUGGAAACCAAGCUGCAGGGUAUUGGCCACUUCCAGAAUACCAUCCGAGAGAUGUUUUCUCAGUUUACAGAGUUUGACGAUGAACUGGAUAGCAUGGCCCCAGUGGCGAGAGAGCGAGAAACACUGAAAGAGCAAAAGGCAGCCAUACAGACCUUCCUGAAGAAGCUGGAAGCCCUCAUCGCAAACAACAGCAAUGCCAACAAAACCUGCAAGAUGAUGCUAGCCACAGAAGAAACCUCUCCUGACCUCGUUGGAAUCAAAAGGGACUUAGAAGCCUUGAGCAAACAGUGCAACAAGUUGCUAGACCGAGCAAAAGCCAGAGAAGAGCAGGUGGAAGGUGCCACUGAACGGCUUGAAGAGUUCUACCGCAGACUGGAAGAGUUCUCCACUCUGCUCCGGAAGGCCGAAGAACACGAAGAGUCACAAGGUCCCGUGGGGACGGAAACUGAGACAAUUAACCAGCAGCUUGAUGUGUUUAAGGUGUUCCAGAAAGAAGAAAUUGAACCCUUGCAGGUGAAGCAGCAAGAUGUGAACUGGUUAGGUCAAGGCCUCAUUCAGAGCGCAGCUGCGAACACCUGCACUCAGGGUUUGGAGCGUGACCUGGAUGAUGUCAACGCGCGGUGGAAAACUCUCAAUAAGAAGGUGGCCCGGAGAGCAGCCCAGCUGCAGGAGGCUCUACUUCACUGUGGGAGGUUCCAGGACGCCCUGGAGUCCCUGCUCAGCUGGAUGGCAGACACCGAGGAACUUGUGGCCAAUCAGAAGCCUCCAUCCGCUGAGUUCAAAGUGGUGAAGGCCCAGAUACAAGAGCAAAAGCUUCUGCAAAGACUACUGGAAGACCGGAAGUCCACGGUGGAGGUGAUCAAACGAGAAGGAGAGAAAAUCGCCGCUUCGGCCGAACCUGCAGACAGAGUGAAGCUGUGCCGGCAGCUGAGCCUCCUGGACAGCCGGUGGGAGGCUCUGCUCAGCAGGGCUGAAGCGAGGAACCGCCAGUUGGAAGGUAUCUCAGUGGUAGCUCAGGAGUUCCACGAGACCUUGGAACCGCUGAAUGAGUGGCUCACGGCCAUCGAGAAGAGACUGGCCAACUCUGAGCCCAUCGGAACCCAGGCCCCAAAGCUCGAGGAGCAGAUCGCACAGCACAAAGCUUUAGAAGAUGACAUCAUCAAUCACAAUAAACAUUUGCACCAGGCUAUUAGCAUUGGCCAGUCCUUAAAGAUUUUGAGCUCCAGGGAGGAUAAAGACAUGGUGCAGAGUAAACUAGACUUCUCUCAAGUGUGGUACUUUGAGAUUCAGGAGAAAAGCCACAGCAGGUCCGAGCUCCUCCAGCAGGCCCUGUGUAACGCUAAGAUUUUUGGGGAAGAUGAAGUGGAGCUGAUGAACUGGCUGAACGAGGUGCAUGGCAGACUGAGCAAGCUCUCAGUCCAGGAUCACAGCGCUGAAGCGCUUUGGAAGCAGCAGUCCGAACUCCGGGCUCUGCAAGAAGACAUCCUCCUCAGGAAACAGAAUGUCGACCAGGCACUGCUGAAUGGUUUAGAGCUGCUCAAGCAAACCACAGGUGAUGAAGUUUUAAUAAUUCAGGAUAAGUUGGAAGCCAUUAAAGCAAGGUACAAAGACAUCACCAAACUGAGUGCCGAUGUAGCCAAGACUCUGGAACACGCUCUGCAGCUCGCCAGACAGCUGCAGUCCAUGCACCAGGAGCUGUGCAGCUGGCUGGACAGGGUGGAGGUGGAGUUGCUCUCCUACGAGACGCAGGCCCUGAAAGGAGAAGCCUCAAGCCAAGUCCAAGAGAGACAGAAAGAACUGAAGAAAGAAGUUAAGAGCAACAAAGCCUUACUGGAUUCUCUUAACGAAGUGAGCGGCGCUUUGUUGGAACUGGUACCCUGGAGGGCGAGAGAAGGACUCGAGAAAAUGGUAGCUGAGGACAACGAGCGCUACCGAUUGGUGAGCGACACCAUCACCCAGAAAGUGGAAGAGAUCGAUGCUGCCAUUCUGCGGUCUCAGCAGUUUGAGCAAGCAGCAGAGGCUGAGUUAUCCUGGAUUACUGAAAUAGAGAAGAAGUUAAUGUCUCUGGGUGACAUCAGGCUUGAGCAAGACCAGACCUCUGCUCAGCUGCAGGUUCAAAAGGCAUUCACCAUGGAUAUUUUGCGACACAAGGAUAUUGUUGAUGAACUUGUUAAAUCUGGACAUAAAAUCAUGACCACAUCCAGCGAAGAGGAAAAGCAGUCAAUGAAGAAAAAACUGGAUAAGAUACUGAAGAACUAUGAUGCCAUCUGCCAGAUAAACUCAGAGAGGCACCUGCAGCUGGAGCGGGCACAGUCCCUCGUUAGCCAGUUCUGGGAGACGUAUGAGGAACUCUGGCCGUGGCUGACAGAAACACAAAGAAUCAUCGCCCAGCUGCCUGCCCCGGCCCUGGAAUAUGAAACUCUGAGACGGCAGCAGGAAGAGCACCGGCAACUGCGAGAACUGAUAGCCGAGCACAAGCCUCACAUAGAUAAGAUGAACAAGACUGGGCCGCAGUUACUGGAACUGAGCCCAAAGGAAGGCGUCUAUAUCCAAGAAAAGUAUGUGGCAGCCGACACCCUUUACAGCCAAAUUAAAGAAGAUGUCAAAAAACGAGCCGUGGUACUAGAUGAAGCCAUUUCCCAGUCAACUCAGUUUCAUGACAAGAUCAACCAGAUCCUCGAGAGCCUGGAGCGCAUCAUGGAGCGUCUGAGGCAGCCGCCGUCCAUCUCCGCGGAGGUUGAAAAGAUCAAGGAACAGAUUGGUGAAAAUAAGAGUGUGUCUGUGGACAUGGAGAAGCUGCAGCCACUGUAUGAGACGCUGAGGCAGAGGGGGGAGGAGAUGAUUGCCCGGUCUGAGGGCACCGAGAAAGACAUCUCUGCCAAAGCCGUGCAGGACAAGCUGGACCAAAUGGUUUUCAUUUGGGAAAACAUACACAUGAUGGUAGAAGAAAGGGAGGCCAGAUUGCUGGAUGUUAUGGAACUGGCAGAGAAAUUCUGGUGUGACCACAUGUCAUUGGUGGUUACCACAAAAGACACUCAAGAUUUCAUCCGGGACCUGGAAGACCCUGGGAUUGACCCCUCAGUAGUUAAACAGCAGCAGGAAGCAGCGGAGGCAAUAAGAGAGGAAUUUGAUGGCCUGCAAGAGGAACUAGACCUGGUCACCACACUGGGCUCUGAGCUGAUCGCUGCCUGUGGGGACCCUGAUAAGCCCAUUGUCAAGAAAAGCAUAGAUGAGUUAAAUUCAGCCUGGGAUUCUCUAAAUAAAGCUUGGAAAGACCGGGUUGACAAACUGGAAGAGGCCAUGCAGGCUGCCGUUCAGUACCAAGAUGGAUUGCAGGCAAUAUUUGACUGGGUUGAUAUCGCAGGCAAUAAGUUAGCCUCAAUGACUCCAAUUGGAACGGAUCUUGAGACCGUCAAGCAGCAGAUUGAAGAGCUGAAGCACAAGCUGGAGGGUGCUCUCUUGGCGCUGGGUCAGUUCCAGCACGCCCUGGACGAGCUCCUGGCGUGGAUGGCGCACACAAAGGGCUUGCUGAGUGAACAGAAACCUGUUGGAGGAGACCCGAAGGCCAUUGAAAUUGAACUUGCCAAGCAUCAUGUGCUCCAAAACGACGUGUUAGCCCACCAGUCCACCGUGGAAGCGGUCAACAAAGCAGGAAAUGACCUCAUUGCAUCGAGUGCGGGAGAAGAAGCAAGCAACCUCCAGUACAAGCUCAAAAUCUUAAAUCAACGCUGGCAGGAUAUUUUGGAAAAAACCGAUCGAAGGAAGCAGCAGCUGGAUAGUGCCUUGCGCCAGGCCAAAGGGUUCCAUGGUGAGAUCGAAGAUUUGCAACAGUGGCUGACUGACACAGAGCACCAUCUCUUGGCAUCCAAACCCCUGGGAGGUUUGCCAGAAACAGCCAAGGAGCAGCUUAACGCACAUAUGGAAGUCUGCACUGCCUUUGACAUCAAAGAAGAAACGUACAAGAGUUUGAUGCAGAAAGGGCAGCAGAUGCUCGCAAGAUGCCCCAAAUCUGCAGAGACGAACAUCGACCAAGACAUAAACAACUUGAAAGAGAAAUGGGAAUCGGUGAAGAGCAAACUCAACGAGAAGAGAACUAAAUUGGAAGAGGCCCUCCACCUAGCCAUGGACUUCCACAAUUCCCUCCAGGACUUCAUCAACUGGCUUACCCAGGCCGAACAAACCCUGAAUGUGGCUUCUCGGCCAAGUCUUAUCUUGGACACAAUCUUGUUUCAAAUCGAUGAGCACAAGGUCUUCGCCAAUGAGGUGAAUUCUCACCGUGAGCAGAUAAUAGAACUAGACAAAACUGGGACCCACCUGAAGUACUUCAGUCAGAAACAGGAUGUGGUGCUCAUCAAGAACCUGCUCAUCAGCGUGCAGAGUCGGUGGGAGAAGGUGGUCCAGCGGUUAGUGGAGAGAGGAAGGUCCUUGGACGACGCGAGGAAGAGGGCCAAACAGUUCCACGAAGCUUGGAGUAAACUAAUGGAGUGGCUGGACGAGUCAGAAAAAUGUUUGGAUUCUGAACUGGAAAUCGCCAAUGAUCCAGACAAAAUAAAAACACAGCUGGCACAGCACAAGGAGUUUCAGAAAUCACUCGGAGGUAAACAUUCUGUCUAUGAUACCACCAAUCGAACUGGACGUUCCCUGAAGGAGAAAACCUCACUGGCUGAUGACAACCUGAAGCUGGACAACAUGCUGAGUGAACUCAGGGACAAGUGGGACACCAUAUGUGGAAAGUCUGUGGAAAGACAAAACAAAUUGGAGGAGGCCCUAUUAUUUUCUGGACAAUUCACAGAUGCCCUGCAGGCCCUCAUUGAUUGGCUGUAUCGAGCAGAGGAAUUUCACUCUGUGGUCCACGCCCUCCUGGAGUGGCUGGCGGAAGCAGAGCAAACGCUGCGUUUCCACGGUGCUCUCCCGGAUGAUGAGGAUGCUCUCCGGACUCUCAUUGAUCAGCAUAAAGAGUUCAUGAAGAAACUGGAAGAGAAAAGAACCGAACUGAAUAAGGCCACUGACAUGGGUGACGCUCUGCUGGCCAUCUGCCACCCUGACUCCAUCACCACCAUUAAGCACUGGAUAACAAUCAUCCAGGCCCGGUUUGAAGAGGUGCUGGCCUGGGCGAAGCAGCAUCAGCAGAGGUUGGCGGGGGCCCUGGCCGGGCUCAUUGCUAAGCAGGAAUUGCUGGAAACUUUGCUGGCGUGGUUGCAGUGGGCAGAAACUACCCUCAGUGAGAAAGAUAAGGAAGUCCUCCCACAGGAAAUUGAAGAAGUGAAAACCCUCAUUGCGGAACACCAGACCUUCAUGGAAGAAAUGACCAGAAAACAGCCGGACGUCGACAAAGUUACCAAGACCUACAAGAGGAGAGCAGCUGACCCUUCCGCUCUGCAAUCUCACAUCCCAGUCUUGGACAAGGGACGGGCCGGAAGGAAACGCUUCCCAGCCUCAGGCUUGUAUCCAUCUGGACCGCAGACACAGAUCGAAACGAAGAAUCCCAGGGUGAACCUGCUGGUGAGCAAGUGGCAGCAGGUGUGGCUCCUGGCUCUGGAGAGGAGGAGGAAGCUCAACGACGCCUUGGACCGGCUGGAGGAGCUGAGGGAAUUUGCUAACUUCGAUUUUGAUAUCUGGCGUAAAAAAUACAUGAGGUGGAUGAAUCAUAAGAAAUCUCGAGUGAUGGACUUCUUCAGGAGAAUCGAUAAGGACCAGGAUGGAAAGAUCACGCGGCAGGAAUUUAUUGAUGGAAUCCUUUCCUCAAAAUUCCCUACUAGUCGCCUGGAGAUGAGUGCUGUGGCAGACAUCUUUGACAGAGAUGGUGACGGAUACAUCGACUACUAUGAGUUUGUGGCAGCUCUGCAUCCAAACAAAGAUGCGUACAAACCCAUCACAGACGCCGACAAAAUUGAAGAUGAGGUCACGAGGCAAGUAGCUAAGUGUAAAUGUGCAAAGCGAUUCCAAGUUGAACAAAUCGGCGACAACAAAUACAGGUUCUUCCUGGGAAAUCAGUUUGGAGACUCCCAGCAGCUGCGACUCGUGCGGAUCCUGCGAAGUACGGUGAUGGUUCGUGUUGGAGGUGGAUGGAUGGCUCUGGAUGAGUUCUUAGUGAAAAAUGAUCCAUGCAGGGUUCAUCAUCAUGGGAGUAAAAUGUUGCGUUCGGAAUCAAACUCUUCAAUUACUACUACUCAGCCUACUAUAGCUAAAGGAAGGACCAACAUGGAGCUCCGUGAGAAGUUCAUCCUAGCAGAGGGUGCCAGUCAGGGCAUGGCUGCCUUCCGGCCACGAGGCCGCAGAUCGCGACCUUCAUCCCGAGGGGCUUCACCCAACAGAUCCACUUCCAUGUCCAGCCACGCUGGCCAGGCAGCCUCCCCACAGGUGCCCGCUGCCGCCAGCACACCCAAGAUUCUCCACCCUUUAACACGCAAUUACGGUAAACCGUGGUUGACAAACAGCAAACUGUCAACUCCUUGUAAAGCAGCCGAGUGCUCAGACUGUCCCGUGUCGUCUGCAGAGGGAACUCCAAUCCAGGGAAGCAAGCUGCGACUUCCGGGGUAUCUGUCAGGGAAAGGCUUCCACUCCGGGGAGGACAGAGCCUUGAUCACAGCCGCAGCUGCCCGAGUCCGAACGCAGCUCGCUGAGUCCAGGAAGACUCCCAGCCGCCCCGGAAGCAGAGCCGGAAGCAAAGCCGGCAGCAGGGCCAGCAGCCGCCGAGGCAGUGACGCGUCAGACUUUGACAUUUCCGAAAUCCAGUCUGUGUGCUCAGACGUGGAGACUGUCCCACAGCCGCACAGACCUGUGCCCCGAGCAGGUUCUCGGCCAUCCACAGCCAAGCCUUCCAAAAUCCCCACGCCCCAGAGGAAGUCACCUGCCAGCAAAUUAGACAAGUCUUCAAAGAGAUAGUGCAAUUGGGCUCCAGCCAGCCCUUCCUUCCCCGAGCAUUUAUUAUUUAAGUGAAUGAUGUAAAAUACGAUGUAGAGAUUACUGUGAAAUAUUGCAGGAGGCGAGUUUUAAAUUCUACAGAUGGCCUUAUUUGUGUAUUUGUCUUUUUAUUUGAUCUGUAUCACUUUUUGGUCAGAUUUUCUGGGGGUAAAGUCACAUCAUAUGUGAUAAGGAAGAAAGGAUUUAACAUGAACUAGUGUUCCUGCACUGUCACGUGUAGACCACACACUGAAGUCCGUUACUGUCCUCCAGGUAAGUCUACAUCCUCGCUGACAGCCACAGCGCUACACAGCUCACAUUAAGGGUUACCUCAUGACACUCGUCCCUAUGAAAAUUCUGAGCAUCUGACAGACUUAGCAGGGAAAUAUUUUUUUUUUUUUGAGAUGCUUUAACUGUAAAUGAGAAGGAAAGUAAAAGGAAAAACACAUCAACACCCAGUUCUUCAAGCAGUAACCAACAGAGACUCACAGGAGAUUGCUCCAAGCAGCCGCGGGUACCAGGGUGUGCAAGCACCUCUCAGCAUCCUUGAUCCGUUGCUUUAGACGCAGCCAGACGCGCCCUGGGUAUCAGCCGCCUACACUGUAAGGAUGUGAUGCCAAGUGCAUUCGUAUAAACGUGAGAUUUGCUUUGCUUGGGUGGACAGCAGCCCUGUAUCAUUGAACUCAUUUUGUAACAGCAAUUUCGCUUGCAAAAAAGAAAAAAAGAAAGAAAGAAAGCUAUGAAAUAAAACAUGUCCCUUAACUUCAUUGCUAUGGAAUUAAUUUUUUUCCCCAGGGAAAACUGGUGUAUUUUUUUAUGAACAGUAUCCAUUUGGAGUGACCAAAAGAUACUUUAAAAGUGGGUUUAUUUUGAUUUCUCAUCUGGAAUAAUCAUGUUCUGGUAUUAUAUCGACUUAUAUUUAAUAAAUAUGCAUUUUAAUUUAUUAUGUAUACUCACAUACUAGAGAAAGAUAUUAGUAUGCAUUUAAUAAAACAUAUUCACUUGAA